AAAUGCCUCCCGUUCGGCAUACAGGUAAAAGCUGCGGGCUGGCGACGAGCGUCAGUCGACUACGUGAAGCGACGGGUGAUAUACAUGUGGUUACUGGCUAUUGUUGCGCUUGGAUCAAUACACAAUGGAAAAUGUGACAAUGAUACUGUGGAAGCCUCCGUGAAACUGCUGAUCGACAAUCUCUUGGAAGGAGGGAAGUAUGACUCCAGCAUUCGGCCCAGCACAUCAGCUACAAUGGUGUCCAUAGAUAUUGCUCUUAAUGCGCUAGGCCCUGUUAAUGACAGAGACAUGAAAUUCGGCGCCAGCUUCUACCUCCGGCAGGAGUGGUUAGACUCCCGCCUCAAGUACAACGAAUUAAACACCAGCAUCGUGCUAAGCUACAAGAAGCUGUCAAUGAUAUGGGUGCCGGACAUAUUCUUUCCCCAGUCAGAGACAGAGCUGCGCCAUGACAUUACCACACCAAACGUAUUACUACGCCUGUCCCCUGAAGGAAGGGUGUUUUACAGUCAGAGGAUUUCUGUGGAAUUUCACUGUGUGAUGAAUCUAAGGAAGUUUCCAAUGGAUGAACAAACUUGUGAAAUCAGGAUGGAAAGUUAUGCAUUUACAACUGAUGACAUACAGAUGCAGUGGUCCUCGGGACGCCAGUCCCUCAAUGUUCUCCCCAACGCCAACAUGCCCGACUUUGAGCUGCUCUCCGUCACCACACACGACUGCACUGCCACAUACGCCACAGGUACAUUCCCUUGCCUGUACGCCAAACUGAUUCUGAAACGUCAGAUCGGCUUCUACCUCACCCAGACCUACAUUCCCAGCAUCCUCAUCGUCAGUCUGUCCUGGAUCUCUUUCUGGAUUGACCAUCAAGCAAUCCCUGCCCGCAUCUCCGUCGGGCUCCUUACAGUGCUGACCAUCACCACGCAGAGCUCCGGAGCUAUGACACAACUACCCAGGGUUCCAUACGUCAAGUCCAUCGAUGUGUGGAUGUCCGCUUGCCUUAUCUUCGUCUUUGCUGCGUAUAUGGAGUAUGCCGUUGUUACUGUCCUCGCACGCAGACACCGCAAACAGAAUAUGAGCAUAAAGCAUAAAGACACAACAAAAGAGAACGGGAGUACCACGUCUGGUGUGUUCAACAAUGCAUUUAAUAAUGACGAGAUGUUCACGACGGGUCGUACCCCUGCAUCGAGGUCAAGGUCAAAAUCCGUCAUCUCCUUAAAACUUGAUGGAACUACAGAUCUUGGAGUAAAGCUUGAUAAAAUCUCACGCCAUGGCUUUCCUCUGGCGUUUUUGUUGUUCAACGCCUUUUACUGGACAUAUUACAACUUAACCACGUGACACAAUAGCUUCAUUCGACGCUGGUAUUCAUUUCACUGGAUCACCAUUUACCUCUCUCCGGAUGGAGUGUGUGAGUUGGGUUGAAGGCCGCUUAAUUUCAGCUACAUCAUGAAAGAAGAGAGCCUGAAGUGAUGCAGGUCAAAGAUGCUUACUACUUUGAAAAAAAACCAUGAGCACGGGUUUAGUGCUGACAAAGAAACAUAAUGAGUGUGAACCGGCAUUUAAAGCUUUGAUUAAACAUUUUUGGCACGGCUCAUUGUGGCCACCCGUCUCCGGAUGGAGAGCUAAUUAUUUCAACGGUUUUGUGUGAUACGGUGGAUGAGUAUUGGAUUGAUUUCAUUCUUGUGACAAUGACGACACACGUGUUUUGUGUGCCAUCCAAGGCGCCAUUGAUCAUUGUCGAGAGUGAAUGGAAACACAAGUAAUGUCAUUGUGCAUUUAUCACAUACAUUUACACAGUAUAUACCUGUCCGUCUUUUGCUCAAGUAUAUGCAUCAUGUAUGCUUAUGUAUCAAUAUCUUCACGAACGUCUUUGUUUCAGUGUAAUGGUGAAUGUUUUAUUUGUCAUCAUUUUUCUACUGCCACGUAUUCAUAUCUUCAAAAGAUACUUUAAAAGAUACUUUAUAUAUUUAUCACACACACAGAGGAUAUAUAUUUGUUUAUUAUGUAUUUUAAUAAUUAAAACCAUUUAUUUACUUAUUGGUAGAACGACAAUGAGAAAAUUACAUUGGUAUUGCAAAGAUGGAGAAACAUUUUUUGUAUAUCAAGCUACAAAGAAUAAUUCGAUAAAAUUACAAAAUUUGAGUGGAAACUGAAUGUAGAUCGUUCGAAUUUUGUAGCAACUUUGAUCACUUAAAAGAUUCCGAAAGCCCGCAAAAUUACACAGUCACUUCUGGCAGACUGCAGAAGCACUCACAAACGCAGGACAUUAAUGAACUGUGAGUAAUGGUUUAUGGUGAUCUGUACUGGAUGGACACCGACAGGUGCAGUUGAUGAAUACUAAUCAGUGCAUCUCGUCGUGAUCAAUGAAUUCUUGGAAAAAAGUCUCGGAAGUGAUUUGCCUACAUUGUUCACUCCUUUCAACAAUUCGUGACGGCACGAACAGUAGUCUAAUUUGUUUGCCUUUGUAAUUGCCUUUGAUGAAAGAUCCAGAAAAGAAGUGGUAGUCUUGUUUAAUUUAGGAAAAAAACUGAUACUUUAGUGUUUGUUUUCAUUAUCUUAGAUUGCAUCGAUUUUUAAAUAUAGAUUAUACUAUUUGCUCAGUAUCAGUAUUCCAAAAUUUUAUGCGCUCAAAUACUGUUUGUCGUGGUGGUUAUAACAAGUGUAUCUCCUCUUUAUGAAUUGUUUACAAAUACCACCAUAUUGCAGAAUUACCGUAUCUUAUGUGCUGCUGCACUCUUUAUUGUAUUCUUUGCACUGGACUUUGGAAAUCGUUUCCUGUUUGCUUGUCCUAAGUGUUUGCAUUUAUAUUUGAAUUGUUAUACAUUAAUGAAAGCAAGCCAAACACCUCGAUCCGGAGAAGAAUACCCUACCCAAUAUAUAUUCUUUGCUUUUGAAGUUGAAAUUUGUUUCCUAUUUGUUUGUUUGCUUGUCCAAUUUAUAUUUGAAUUGUUACACUGUCCUGAAAGCAAGUCAAACACAUCGAUGAGGAGAAGACCCUUCCCAACAUGUAUUCUUUGUUUUGGAUGCUUUCUUGUUUGCUUUAAUGUCCUAAUUAUCUGCAUUUAUAUUUGUAACACUCUCCGGAAACACAUCGAUCAGUAUAACACCAGAUAUGUUCAGUGCGUGGGGUAAUUUGGGAAAAGGAAUAUUCCGUCCAUGUUUAAUUAAACAAUCCUGGACAUGUAUCAGGUACAAAAGCAGAUACGUUUCUCCAGAACAGAAACUGUGAUAGUGAAGAUGUCAUAAUAAAUAUGUCAAUUUGUAAUACAACUUAGAAUUUCGUCUGAAUUAUAAUACAGGAUACGGUUAUAAAACACAAUGCUCAUAGUGCUAUUUUGAAAUAUAUAAUAGGGCCACUAACCUUUUCCUGAUGUAUACUUAAGAAGAAGUCUAAAUAAUGAAUGAAGUUUCAUGAUUCGAAGAGUCCAACUCGAAUUAUAAUUGUGAAAAUAGGUGGUAUUGGUAUGGUUCACCAUUCCUUGAAGCCAUUUACAACUCAUUUGAGCCAGCUGUGAAUAUUUUCAAAUGCUGAAACAUACUUUAGGAAUAAUGCUUUAAAUCAAGCAGGUAGCGAUUAUCUGUUGAAAAGUAGAUCAAACAUUAUCAUCAGUAUUGUUUUUGUAUCUGUAAACAUAUUCAUAGCUUUGUCGAACUUAUAUAAUAGUUCUUAUAUUCAUUUUGUGAUUUAAGUAUGAGCAGAAUAUUCAAAUGAAGGGGACACUGCUAGCGGCUAUUGUGGUGUCCAAUUACUAAUUCUCUGCACAAUGUUUGUGGCUCUUCUUUUCUGUUGAUUAAAUCACAAUGACAUGCGUCUGAAAAAUCAAACAGGCACAAAGUACAGACAAGUCGUUUGAUAUCUUUUGAUCCGUUCCAGAGAAUAUUCAAUUAACUCUUUUCCUUUUAAAUCCUUGCCUGUAAAACAAAUGAAAAGAUAAUAUAUAUAUGAAUACACAUGAAGGCACUUUGUAUUGAGAGGGCUGAGUAUGAGAUGAAAGUUGAAAUUAAUGGUUUUAGAUUUCCUACUUCCGAGGAACAAAUCGAUUGGCCAUCGUUCUUGUAAGCUUCAGUGAAACUAAAUCCUUUUAAAUAUAUAAUUAAUUGAAACACUGUAAUGUCUAAGUUUUGCUUUGAUUAUAAGGAUUAAACGGUAAAUUGAAAUCAAAGGCUUUUUCGUAUUGUGCAUAGGAUGGAAACCUGAAUACAGUUAAUGCCGAUGAAUAUAAAGAGAGAAAUAAGCGAUACAACCAUUAAUUACUCCUAGUUCAUCAAACAGUCAGACAGGUAUGAAUGGAGUUUGUGACAAAGGACAAUACGAGCCUAACGGUCAUAACGUUUUCUUAAAACACAUCUGUGACGUCAUUCUAUUGUUUGAACGCUCCAUUAUUUUUCAGGAAUGGAGAGUUGCUUGUCAACUGUACAUUAUCUUGUAGCAGCAUUUGAAUUUUUCAAAU